ACACGGACGCUAUCUCGGUGACGCCACAUUCUGCACCAAGCAUUCAGAGAGACACCACGCUAGUUUGAAUCGCAAAGUUGUGAAAUCAUUGUGACAUAAACUUCGAUAAGUUGAAGAGUUUGUGAACCCUUUUGGAUUGCAUAAUACUGGAGUUUUUUGGAUUGGAGUGAAGUGUUUGUGAUAAUUCCUCACGAGGAUUACACAGUGUUGAAAAUCAGUGAUCAGUUUGAGUUGAAGAGCAUUAAACUGUCUAACAUAAUGUACAAGGAUUCAGUUGUUCCCGUUAAAGCUGAAACGUUCAGCGGCAUGGCUGCCAAGAGCCCAAUAAGUCAAUGCAUCAAAACGGUGCUGCGACGAGCAUGCGUGGAGAAACGACUGACGGUCGGCCUCCUGCCUGCCAUCCAGUACCUCUCCAAGAACAGCAACCGAGCCCUCUUCUGUCUGACGGCAGAGGCGCCCCCAGGAGACAGUGCGACCCACAUGCAAGAAGUCCUGCUCCAGGCCUUCUGCGUCGAAAACGACAUCUACGUCAUUAAGGUUGACUCGGAAACAAAGUUGCGCAAACUUCUCGGCUGCUGCGGAUCUUCAAUGGACUUUAGCUGCGUGUUGGUCCACUAUCCAUAUACAGACCCCUUCAGCGACAGCCAGGAGUUCGACUUCUCGACAUUGUCGGACACCGAGAGAGAUCUUAUCGAGCAUUGUGAGAUGAACUGGGGAUAUUCACAGACCCCCGUCAUCAAGUUGCCCGAGAAGUGAAACCGUCGAAAGCAUCAUGUUCUUGGAAAAAAAAAAUAUGGAAAAAAAAUUAACACGACCAAGUAGGUUCGUUUGCCAUUUCGGCCAUGUUGGCUGUGGCUUCGGCGUGUAGCGCCAUCUUUUGUCUAGUAGUUACAAUUACGUCUGUUAGAGCGUUGUACCAGUGAUUAAACUGUUGAAUGUUAUUCAAGGUAUUUCUAACUUGUAAAGUUUGUAUUGUAACUUGUAGUCUAUUUGUAAUGUAUAGAGAAUAGACAGUAUGACUUCGGCAUCUAUGCCAUAAAAUGUACAAAAGAAAAAAGUAUUCCGAUUGUGAAUUGUGAAUAGUAAAUAUUGCUGAUAUUCGCCAUGUUGGCUUGCUAUGCAAUUUGCAUGAAGUUGUUGAAAAAAAAAAUUGUUUACUUAUUAAUAUUCGGAGAAGUUCGUCGGGAGAUAUUGUUGGAUUUUAUACUUUUGUAAUUUGAAAAAAUGUGAAAGAUGAAAUUGAAUAAGAAUAAAUAUAUUGUUAUGAUAUAAAAU